GAUUUUAUUUAAACUGAGAGUAAAACUUGCAUAGAAAAAAUAUAGCGACAAUGAAAUUCACUCAGAUUUACCUGUUUUUCGUACUUUGUGCGAUUUUGGCCUAUGUGAUUGCUGAAAAAACUUUUUCCAUAGAGUCCAGUAACGCGCCAAAUCUGCAGUACGACGUGGAUGCCAUCGAAUGUUUGAGAGAAGCGUACGUCCUCUACCCCGAAAAUAUGGAUGACAGAAAUGAGGCUGUUGCAAAGCUAUUCAACAACAAACAUUCCAAUAAGAAGGGCUGGAACAUCGCAGAGGGCUGUAUUUCUUCUUAUAAUCCUGCCGCAACCAUUUCCAUAAAAAUACUGAUAGAAGAUAGUGAUGACGGAACCCGAAGCAUAUUGAAAAUAUACGACUGAUUAUCAUCAUCAAUAAUAAUUGUUAGGCUAAGACAAAUUACAUACAUAAAAUAUAGACCUUACUGAAAAAAUU